CUUUGUUGCACAUCUGAGAACACUGGGGUAAAGGUGUGAUUUUUUUCUUUAAACCUGAGAAUUUUGAGCAGCCUGGGUUCCAGACUCAAAGUAACAAUCUGGUGAAGUAACGUGUCAUAAUACUAGGGAUGCUGUAGAGAGAAUAAUGGAGUUAAUGUGUCCAAGAGCAGCCUUUCUAAUGAAUGCCGGGAAAAAUGAUCUAAUACUUUAGAGGGCAUUGAGCUUUUGUUUCAUGUGAUGAUUGGGGGGAAGUCAGGGAUGAGAGAAAACUGCACAUCAAAGGCUACAUGAACCUUUAAUGAUCCUCCUGCGUAGCACCCCAGUUUUAUUAGGAUUUUAGGGGUAUGUGGGCAACGACAGCCGCUCCUGUCUUCCAUGUUGUCCUAUGGGAGGAGUAGGAUUAGGAAAAGGAGAAGGAAUGGCAAUGAAGAAGACCACCAUCUUCCCCCCCAGACCAAAAGGAGUAGUAGAAACCCUGUCUUUCAUGAGUCCUGGGACACAGAGACAGUACCUGUAACGAAAAACAGUAAAGAAAACAGACUAAGAGGAAACAAAGUGUUCUGCGCGUCUUCGAGCAGCGAUAGCGGCGGCAGCAGCAGCAGCAGCAUCAACAGCCCGGACAGGGCAAGCGGGCCGGAGAGCAGCUUGAACCACGUGGGCGCCGGGUCCGGCCCUAACACCCCUCAGCCUGUUCCUGAGCAGUCUGCACUGUGCCAAGGCCCUUACUUCCGCAUCAACCAGACCCUGAAGGAGGCCCACUUCCACAGCCUACAGCACCGGGGACGGCCUCCGACAUGAUGUGCCGGCGGUUUCUUGCCUUCUGUGAAGGGACAGCGCUGUGCAGAUUUGAUAUUUCAACUUACGAUGUUUUAAAAAAUUGCACAAAAAUAUGCCUGUUGGCUUUUCAGUCUAUAUUUGAAAGAGCAGGUUAACAGGCAGUCGUUUACUUGUGGUUUUGCUGCACUAUUGCAAUUUCAAAGGGGCUUCGAAGCAAUUUUUUAUAGGAUUCUUUUGAGGGUGGGUAUCACAUCCAUGUCGAGGUAACGGUAUGAGGAAAUCUCAUCUGCGUGUUGAAUCCAUAGUUUGUCCAGUUCAGAUUGGUUUCCAAAUCUGUCAAUUAGAAAUUCUACUUCAUGUAAAAAGGCCUUUUAACAAUGCGGGAUCUUCAAUUUUUUAAAUUCAAUAAAUCAGCAAAGAGUA